AUGAGUGUCUUCAGUCGAAUCUCCACAAUCUUCAAAGCCAAUGUGAACGAAGCGUUGACCAACGCGGAGGAUCCGGAAAAGGUUCUCAAUCAAAUUACCAUCGAAAUGAAAGAGCAGCUUAUCGAUACGAAGCAGAAGGUAGCUGCCGCGAUUGCCGAUGAAAAACGUCUUCAGAGACAGUAUCAGGAAACCGCCGAACAAGCCAAGGGUUGGGAAGAGAAAGCUACCACCGCUGUUCAGAAAGAACGGGAUGACUUGGCGCGAGAAGCCCUCGCACGACGAAAUGAGGCGCAGCAACUCGCAGAUGAAUAUAAGAUCCAGUGGGACAAGCAGCGACAGGCGGUUGAUCAACUCAAGGAACACUUGAAAGCACUGGAACUGAAGAUCGGAGAAGCCGAUCGUAAGAAGUAUCUGCUGAUCGCACGUCAGAAACGCGCCAAAGCGCAAAAGCAGAUUCACGAAACGAUGGCGGGGAUGAAAGAUAGCAGUGCCUUUGACACCUUCGAGCGGAUGGAGGAGAAGGUCGGUGAUAUGGAAGCAAGGGCGGAUGCCGCCGCUGAAAUGGCUGAUUUUGAGAAGGAUCAUCUCGAAGAUGAGUUUGCAGCGUUAGAGACGAAAGGCAACGUUGAGGAUGAUCUCGCAGCGUUGAAAGCAAAACUCGGAAACGGAGACGAGGCAGAGAAGUCGUCAAGUGUGGAGCGUGAAACGUAA